CAAAUUUUAAAUCCCAUAAUGAAGACUAAGCCAACCAAACAUAAAGAAACUAAUACUUUUAAGUUUAAACCAUUUUUGGAGAGGGUAAACGAAAUCGAUAUCGAUGUCUUUCAUAAAGUUGCACAUUUUAAUGAAAUAGUUCAUAAUGAAACUGAAACAUACUUUUAUCAAUGUGUUCAAAAAUGGAAUUUUCUUAAUCUUUCCGAGAACUAUUGCAACUUCAGGAAAGAAGUGGUAGAUAUAAUUACUUUACCACAAUUACUUAAUAAAAAGCAACACGUUAUCGAUACGCUACUGAAGUAUUUAAAAUUAAAAGAUCCAUUAUGCCUCUAUUCGAUUUUUGAAUUAACAAUUGCCGUGGUCAAGGACUUGCAAUUAGAUUUUUAUCCAUACUUUCCAGAAUUUUUAGCAAGUAUUACUAGCUUAUUAUAUACGAAAGAUGCUGAGCAACUUGAACAUACUUUUACCACGUUGGCCUAUUUAUUUAAAUUUCAAUGGCGUUACAUAAUCAAGAAUGUAGAUAAGGUCUUUGAUAUACUUGUCCCGUUAUUAGCAGAUACGUAUCCACCUUAUGUAAAUAAUUUUGCUGCCGAAAGUUUUGCUUUUGUGGUACGAAAAGUAAAGGAGAAAGAGGCAUUUUUAAAACUAGUACUUCAAACUUUGGAAGUUAGACGAGAUGGAGUGGCUGGCUGUGGAAAGUUAUUAUUUCAUGUACUUUCUGGUAUUGCGGGUCAAUUUCAUUCAUGUACUGAAACUAUUUUAACUUUAUACAUUAACGCUUUGUUAAAUCCAUUAAUAAAUCAGCAACUUCUUAUCGAAGUACUGUCUACGGUAUUUUCCUGUAUUGCGCAUGAAAUCAAUCCUAACAAAUGUGAUAUAUUUUGGACUGUAAUUUUUAAAGAAAUAGAUGCAUUCUCUGAUAAUUCAUUGGUUAGUUUAUUACAAUUAAUACAAAUUGUAAUAAAUUAUAAAGGUGGACAAAUGCUCAAAGAUUCUUUAAUUUGGUCUAAAAAAUUAUGUGAAAUGAUUGAUAAAUAUCAGAAUAGUAGAGGAGUUUUACAGGAAAUUAUUAAUGCUGUUACCGUAACUCUUCUUGCAUCGAAUAUAACAUUAUUGCAAGAGACUUCAAGUUUUUUAAUUAUAAAACUGUUAUCUAUCAAUGAUCAAGAUUUAUUAAUACAGAUUACUGAAAAACUUAUUACGUAUUCAGCUUUCGAAAGUCUAGUAUUGCCACAAAUAUUGAAGAAAAGUAUAUUUUCUACCAUGGAUGAAAAAAUGCUUCAAUUGUUGGCAAAAAUUAUUGAAGCAAAAUCUCCUCCAAUUCUGUGUGGUAUAAAUUUUGAUAAAUGGAUUAAAUUUAAUUUGGAUAUUCGUUGCAUGGAUAGCACUAUAUUUCUAACAAAGAUUUUGGAUUCUUUAAAAGAACGUGACAUUACAGAAGAUGCUUUGAAAGUUUUAAUUAUAUUACCACAUUUGACUCAUUUACAAGAACAACUUCGUUUAAAAUUGAUUGAAAUUUUUGUUUUCUUAUUUAAAAGAGUAUUACAGGAAAAGCAUCACCGGCAAAGGGUAAAUUUUUCAUUUAUUUUGACAAUGGAAUCUGUUAUUCAUAUUAUGAAACCUGAUGAUUUUCAUUGUUUGAUAAGUGAGCAUGUUUCUUGGAAUAAUGAUUUAUUGUCGGCAUUAAAUUUACACCAGAAUGAUAUUUCAGUACUAAAUGCUUUAGACCUCGGUCUUACUUAUCUCAAAAAUUCAAAUCACUCCGAGGAAUAUUUCAAUAAAAUUAACUUUGACAAGCUUCAUCAAACAUUGGCUUCGAAAUUAGGUUCGAUGAAUCCCAUUAUUCGACUGACCACAUCGCAUAUAUACUCAUUAUUUUCAAAUAUGCCUGGCUUGAAUCACUUUACAAAUAGUAUGGAUCGUUCUGCAAAUAAUGCAGAUUUCAAAAAUGCAUUUGAAUUGCCGUACCUAGUGGAAAGUGAGCCGAUAACGCUUCACAAAUAUCGAGAAAGAUUACAAGGUUUACGGGCUCUCGACUUUCGAGGUGCCGCUAUUAGUCGAUUGGAUGCGAAUUAUAAAGAUGCUCCACUGCAUUAUCUCUUUGGCAAUCUUUACAUAAACUUUUCACUGUUGUGGGAUCCCGUUUGCGAAGUCUUAAUAUCAUAUGCUACCGACGAGUGCUCGCAAUUCUGGCCGCUUUUUCUCUCAAAGUUGAAAAAUGAAAAUAAACUGGAGGUCACACCCGAGGUACCAUUUUUUGAAUGCGAUAUAUUAUCCAAUAUGAUUAGUCGACUUUUUUCUUCUUCUGAUAAAGUGGAUCACGACAAUUACACAUUCUUGCUAUGGAAGUGUAUGCAUCAGAUUGUUAAUUAUUGCGAGGUAAAGAAUCGCGACUUUGUCGGUGUAUUCAUCGACUUCGUUGAUUGUCAUUUUUUCAAGUCGGACUCGGAAGAUGCCAAAUCUUGUAAUAUCUUGAAACGAGAACAAGAGAUCAAUUCCAAUGACGAACAAGAAAAAGUGAAAGAGGAAGAUAAUGACGACGAUGAAACAAAGGAAGAAGUGAAAGGGGAAGAUAAUGACGAUGAUGAAACAAAGGAAGAAGACCAAAUAAAUAAUGAAAAGGAAUGUGCAAGUGAACAGAAGGAAUUUCAUUCUAAAUUAACGAGAACAAAAUCUGUCAAGCUUUUACUGGCUAUGCUACAGACCUUCGGUAAAUUCACCAAUACUCGUUCGCUCUAUCGCGAACCCGAGAUACAAAAAAUCUACCUCGAUUUACUCAGUUCGAAAAAUUCGGAGAUUCAGAAAGCCUCACUCGCGUGUCUUUACACUUACAAGCACAAAUAUCUCAUGCCUUACAAGGAUCAUCUGGACAAUAUCGUCGACGAAAAGAACUUGAAGAACGAGCUUAUUCGCUUUCAGAUUAGCGUCGAUGAAGCUAAUCAAAUUGUCUUGCGAGAUGAACAUCGUGAAGAUCUCAUGCCUAUUAUAAUGCGCAUUUUGCAUGCGAAGAUGAUGCAAAAAGUGGGAAUGAGAACGGGCGGAAAAUCUGGCGGACUUGUCAAAAGAAAAACCAUUCUUAGGUUUCUAGCUGGUGUAAAAGAGGAAGAAAUGAUGAUAUUUGUAAGAAUGGCCUUCAGACCAUUUCAAAAUUAUCUGCCCAUAUUAACUGCUAACAAGGAAAAUCAAUCGAAAACAGAUUUGCGACAAAUGGUACACGACAUCAUUAACAAUAUAAAUCUAGAGGCUGUUAUUCCUCCGAAACGUUUACAAAGUAUUGUAAAUUUAUUAUCUGUGAUAAUUGAGCAGUUUGGUGGGAAGAUGAUGGAGAAGCUUUUGCCCCACUUGUUUGCUCUACUUAUAUGCGUUCUGGCACAUAUUUCUGCAAUACUUAGUAAAACUAAUAAAGUGCACUCCAAUUACCUAAUGCCCAUUCGUAAUGCACGUAAUAAUUCCAUUAAUAUUUUGGCUCGAUUUUUUAUACAUUUUGAGGAUUACGAUUGGUCCAGCUCGGAAAUUGAUGCAUUAUUCGAUGUUGCGGUAUUUCCAUGGAUACAGAAAUUGCCAAUCGAGGGGAUACAUACCCCAACGCCUUUAUUAAAGAUGAUGGCAGCUUGGAGUAAAAAUCCUCGAUAUUAUUCGCUGUUUGUCAAGUUGAAUGAGGAUAAAGAAACGCCGUUAAUUUUUCUAGUAAAGCUAUUGUUAUUUGAAAGAACACACAGAUGCGUAUUACAAACGCUUCUCGAUAUGUUUGAAAAAAUGCUGACAUUCCAAGAUUUUGAAAGAGAAGAUCCAGAUCGAAUAGAUGUUGAUGAAUUUAAACCAAAAUCUAUGCUUCCGAUCGUUUGUAAUAAACUAGAUAUCGUUAAAGAUGAAUCAAUAAAUUACGGAUCGGCAAUUCUGCUUCCGCACAUUACCGAUAUCCUUAAAUUUUUUGAAAGAAAUUUAAAGAAACACUCGAGACAUAUUACCAAUAGAACUGAAUUAAUUAUUCUUUCACGUAUUUCUGAAUUUGUUUUGGAUCCUAAAACAUGUAACACGUUAUUAAUCCUUAUUUUGCCAAUUCUCCAAAAAAAAUGUCGCGAUUCCGAGGAGACAGUCGUACAAUUACUGACUACAAUAAUAAAUCUCAUUAAAUACGUAGAAAAACCAGAAUUACACUUAAGAUCGAUUCAGCACUUUUUAUUCCAAAUUAAAUCAGCGUCAUCGAGAAAAAUUUUAAUGGAAAUUUUAAAUAUUGUGGUUAAAAAUAAUGAAACAAUGAAGAAAAAUCAAGCGGUAUUAAUGAAUUUAAAUGCUUAUGACCAAAGAUGGAUCGAUCAACCAGAUUAUGAAAAGAGAUUAAAUGCCUUUGAAGAGAUUGACAGAUUAAUUAAGGCAAACGAAAUAACCCUGGAAUUCGGCGUUGGUGUUAUCCUCAACUGUUUCUUUUUCUUAAAAACCGAUAACGAUUUAGCUAUAAGGGAUAGAUCGGGUCAGUGCUUAAAAGUAAUCGGUGUUUACCUGGCUAAAAAGUUCAAGGACUCUGCGAUUGACCGAAAAUAUCUUUUGGAAGAAACAAUUUUAACAAUCGUCAGAUACGGUAUCAGGAGCAAAGUUGAAAAUAUUAAAUUUCAGUCAAUAGCUUUUAUAGGGCAUAUGGCUAUGGAAUGUCCCGAUGUUCAUCCAGUAUUGAAAGAUUUGCAUACGUUGACUAAUAAACAAGAUCCAGAAGUCGAUUUCUUUGAAAAUAUGCAGCAUUUACAAUUAUAUCGAAGAUCCAGAGCUUUUCUGAAAUUUUGCAAGAUUGCGAGAAGUAUGACAAAAGCGCCAAACUCGAGAACACUAACGCAGUUUAUUUUACCAUUAUGUUCCUCAUACUUAUGCAACGAAAAAUAUAUACACAAGAACAGUUUAAUUGAUACUGCAAUCGAGACAAUUGGAGUUGUAUGCCAACUGUUGCCCUGGAAUCAAUACGAGAUUGUUUUAAGAUUUUAUCUUGUUAAAUUGAGAAUGUGCACGGAAUUUCAAAGACAGAUUAUUAGGAUCGUGGUUGCGAUUUUAGAUUCUUUUCAUUUUAAUUUAUCAAAGUACAAAGAAGUUGAAGAAUUGUCAAAGGAACACAGUUCUCUAAAUUUAACAGUUCCAAUCGCUAAUACAACAGCCAAUGUGCUACCGAAACCAUCCGAAGAAUUACCAUCUGAUAAAUCAUUGAAGCCCAAUGAAGUCGAUAUCAACGAAACGCAGAAUACAGAAGAGAUUAUGAUUGAACACCUGGACGAGGCUCUAAAUAGCAAUAGCAUUAUUGAUAAUAUUGAUAAUAUCGUAGAGCAAGUAGAGGAAGAUGCCACAAAAGAUGUACCAGCUGUAGAGAAACAAACAAUGCUUACGCAACAUAUGGCGAAACGGCUUGUAUACAGUAUUUCGAAAGAUUUGCUACCCCAGCUUCAUAAAGCAAUAGCGUCGAGGACACGUUAUGAAGGAAGUCACAAAGUUAAUAAGAAAAGAGUCAGUAACGAACUGGAGGAGGAGGAGCUCAUGAGAGUUCCAAUUGCUCUUGCCAUGGUUAAAUUAUUGCAGAAAUUACCCCACGGAAUACUUGAAGCGAACUUACGUGGAAUAUUCAUGAAGAUUUGUACAUUCUUGAAAUCUCGUCUUGAAUCUGUGCGUCGAACAACUCGUGAAAUCUUGCAAAGUAUUAUGAUUACUUUGGGCCCAGAUUACUUACAUUAUUUACUCAAAGAAAUGAAUACUUUACUAACCCGUGGCUUUCAAGUCCACGUACUUGCAUUUACUAUUCACGCUGUACUUAUUACGUUAAAGCCAUUUUUUAAACCUAAGCACAUAAGUUUGAAUUUAGCAAGUAUUUUGAGUGUUUGCAAAAUAGACUUGUUUGGUCCAUCAUCGGAGGAAAAAGAAGUCGCGGGCAUUGUGAGAAAUGUAUCUGAAGCAAAGUGUACAAAAAGCUUCGAAAUUUUUCACGUAUUAGGAGAAUUCGUUGACGAAGCGGCUAUAAUCGAUGUGGUGGUACCGUUGAAAGAUGUUCUAAUACGUACUCGUUCGCAUAAAUCUAUAAGAAAAAUUGUCGAAUCUCUCCGACGAUUAAGUUUGGGAUUAGCGGACAAUAAGUACAUUGAAAUAAAUGAAUUGUUAAAUUUUUUGCACGGUGUGAGUUCCGAAAGUAUUCCACAGCUCAUGCCAGAAAACUUAAAAGAAAAGGAGACUGUUCAAGAGAAGACAUUAAAAAAUGUUAUAAAGAAGCCGGAUUGUUUUUUAAUUCCUCCAGCGCCAAAGACCAAAAUGGGUAUAAAGAUUUCGGCUAAGACUUCCAAAAAUACCAAUGCGCACAUUAUGAUCGAAUUUAGUUUAAGACUCUUUCAUAUCUUGUUGAAGAGAGAUAAAGUCGCUAAACCCGAAUUAAAACCCUUAUUAGAUCGUUUUGUACCAGUAUUGAGCGAUUGCUUAAACUCACAAUAUGUGAAGUUGAGCGCAUUGGCACUACAAUGUUUGAAUUGGAUUCUUAAAGUUGAUCUUCCUCUUGUUCGCACCUGCACGGUACAAAUUUCUACUUCAAUAUUUAAUAUUUUACACAAAUAUGCUGUUGCUGGAUUGAGCAAAGGCGACAAUUUCGAUUUGGUGAUGGCUGCAUUCAAAUGCAUGUCCGUUCUUGUGAGAGAUGUUAAGCAUUUUGUUGUAAAAUCGGAUCAACUCAAGGUAUUACUAAUGUAUGCAGAACAGGACUUGUAUGACAGCGACAAGCAAGCUACAGCUUUUGGCUUACUUAAAGCCAUAAUUCAUCGUAAACUUUUUAUAUCUGAAAUGCAUCAAGUAAUGGAAAAUGUGGCAACAUUGAGCAUUACUUCAGAACUAGAUAAUGUCAGAAAACAGGCGCGUGCUGUUUUUUAUUCAUAUUUAAUGAACUAUCCGUUAAAUAAACGUUUGAAAAGGCAUAUAUCAUUUUACGCAACCCAACUGGGAUACGAAUUACAGCCUGGAAGACUAAGUGCACUGGAAAUGAUUUACGCAAUUGUUACAAGUUUUCCAUUAGAAAUACUUAUAGAAUACUCAGGUUUCCUUUUCUUAACAGUUGGUGCUAGGCUUAUUAAUGACGAUGAUCCAAUUUGUAAAAAAGUAUGCGCUACAUGCAUCAAUGAAAUUAUAGAUCGUAUUCCACAUAAUCCAAGAAAUAAACUUUUUAAUAGCAUUAUUUUAUGGUUGAAAGAUAAAAAGAUAGCACACAGACAGUUGGCGGUUCAAUUGUGUGGUAUUUUUGUAAUGGUAGAAAAGGAGGGUUUCGAACCCCGACUUAAAGAAAUCUUGCCCCUCUUAACAAAACAAUUUUACAGUGAUGAAAACUUUGAUGAUAAUGAUCAAUGCGGUCGUUUUGUCAAAGUACAUAAAGAAAAAAAUCACGAUAUACAAAGCAAAAACAUAAAAGAUCCAACAAAAUUGAAAGAUCAUCUUUUUUAUCAAGUACUACAAUUAUUAUUGAAGAUUUGUACAAAUUGUCAUACGUUUUUAAAAAACGAACAGUAUACAGAAUACGUAAAUACAUUUGCAGAAUACAGUCAGUCAUUAUUGGCACAUCCCCACUUGUGGGUACGAUUAGCAGCGUCGCAGAUGCUUGGUUUUGUUCUUGCUGCUCUUAAUGUUGAGAAAGUCAUUCAUUUGAUAAAUAACCCAGCAGAUUGUAAUUUCGAUGAUGGAUAUAUAUACUCUAAUCCAAUCGAACAACUACGAAGUUUAAUUCUAGAUUCUAUCGCACAGCUACAACCAGAUACAGACUUUGAAGAACUUUAUGAUCAAAUUAUUAAAAAUCUAAUUUUUAUAUCAAAGCUUUUAACAAUUACAAAAACGGAUCAGGACGAUUCUUCUGAACAAGACGAAAAUAAUAAAAAUUCCAUAUCUCUACUUUGGCUUCUUAAGAGGUUGAGGAAAUGUAUAAAUUAUGAAAUAUCUCAAGCACCAAAAUCCACUAUUAUCAGAUCUUCAGUUUUUAAGUGGAUGGCGGGUGUAAUUGUAAUGAUGGAAAUUGAUUCUCUCAAGCCUAUACUUUUUCAAUUUAUGUCUCCUUUGGUAAGAGAAAUGGCCACAAUCGAAGAAUCCAAUGCUCCUCUGCGUCAAUUGGCGAAACAAGUUGCGACGAUGAUAAAGAAAAACAUGAAUAUUGAAGAUUACACACGUUUAUUGAGUCAAUCACAACAGAGAAUAGAUAUGAAAAAAGCAGAGAGGAAGAAAACUCGUUUACAGCAGGUUGUGAUUGACCCAGAGAUCGCUGCUAAAAGAAAAAUUUCAAAACAAUUGAAGAAAAAAGUGGCUCGUAAAAGAAAAAUUGAAACUUUAGCAGGUAAAAGGGGCACACGAAAGAAGGUGAAAAAAGAGGUUGAUUUUGAUUUGGAAGAGAUGUAA